AUGGUUAAAAUUACACAUUGUAUAUUUGACAUGGAUGGAUUGUUGUUAGAUACAGAACGUAUCUAUAGUGAAGUUGCAACUGAAAUGCUUUCUCGUUACAAUCAACCUUAUACUUGGAAACUUAAAUCACAAAUAAUGGGUCUUAAAGAAUAUGAUGCAGUUUCAUUAAUAAUCAAAGAAACUGGGAUUGAUAUGAGUAUAGAAGAUUUCUUGAAAGAACGAAACCAAAAACAGAUUGAAAAAUUUCCAUCUGCAAAACCAUUACCAGGAAGGCUUGUAAAACAUUUAAAAAGCAAUAAUAUACCAAUCGUGGUAGCAACAAGUUCUCAUAAGUACAAUUUUGAAAUAAAAGCUAAAAAUAAUCAAGAAUUGUUUUCAUUGUUUGAUAGCAUAACUUGUGGUGAUGAUCCAUUAAUAAAGCAUGGUAAACCAUCACCUGAUUUAUUCUUAUUAGCAUGUGAACGAUUAGGCAAUCCACCUGUAGAAAAUUGUUUAGUAUUUGAAGAUGCUAUCAAUGGUGUUAAAGCUGCUUUAAAUGCAGGGAUGCAUGAUAAGGAAGCUAUACUUAUCAAAUAUAUCUUACUCUCUGAAGUUAUUGCCAUUGUUUCUUUAAACAAUUCUUUGUAUUCUUCACCAUGUUGGUAA